UCUCUCGCUCGCUCUCGGCUGCCGCUCUUGCUGCGGCUGCGGCUGGGGCUGGGGGCGGCGGCGGCGACGCGGGCGGCGGGCGGCGCGGGGCGGUCCGGCGGGUUCAAAGAGGAAAACAUGGCGGAAAACAAAGGCGGCGGCGAGGCUGAGAGCGGCGGCGGGGGCAGCGGCAGCGCGCCGGUAACUGCCGGGACCGCCGGGCCCGCGGCGCAGGAGGCGGAGCCGCCUCUCGCCGCGGUGCUGGUGGAGGAGGAGGAGGAGGAAGGCGGCAGGGCCGGCGCGGAGGGCGGCGCGGCCGGGCCCGACGACGGGGGGGUGGCCGCGGCCUCCUCGGGCUCGGCCCAGGCUGCUUCAUCCCCUGCGGCCUCAGUGGCCCCUGGAGUUCCCGGGGGCGCGGUAUCGACGCCGGCUCCAGCUCCAGCUUCGGCUCCCGCUCCGGGUCCCUCCGCGGGGCCGCCUCCUGGACCGCCAGCCUCUCUCCUGGACACCUGCGCCGUGUGUCAGCAGAGCUUGCAGAGCCGGCGUGAGGCGGAGCCCAAGCUGCUGCCCUGUCUUCACUCCUUCUGCCUGCGCUGCCUGCCCGAGCCGGAGCGCCAGCUCAGCGUGCCCAUCCCGGGGGGUAGCAACGGCGACAUCCAGCAAGUUGGUGUAAUACGGUGCCCAGUAUGCCGCCAAGAAUGCAGACAGAUAGACCUUGUGGAUAAUUAUUUUGUGAAAGACACAUCUGAAGCUCCUAGCAGUUCUGAUGAAAAAUCAGAACAGGUAUGUACUAGUUGUGAAGACAAUGCAAGUGCAGUUGGCUUUUGUGUAGAAUGUGGAGAGUGGCUGUGUAAGACAUGUAUUGAAGCACAUCAAAGAGUAAAAUUUACUAAAGAUCACUUGAUCAGGAAGAAAGAAGAUGUCUCAGAGUCUGUUGGAGCAUCUGGUCAACGCCCUGUUUUCUGCCCUGUACACAAACAAGAACAGUUGAAACUUUUCUGUGAAACAUGUGAUAGGCUGACAUGUAGAGACUGUCAGCUAUUGGAACACAAAGAACAUAGGUACCAGUUUUUGGAAGAAGCUUUUCAAAAUCAGAAAGGUGCAAUUGAGAAUCUACUGGCUAAACUUCUUGAGAAGAAGAAUUAUGUUCAUUUUGCAGCUACUCAGGUGCAGAAUAGGAUAAAAGAAGUAAAUGAGACUAACAAACGAGUAGAACAGGAAAUUAAAGUGGCCAUUUUCACCCUUAUCAAUGAAAUUAAUAAGAAAGGAAAAUCUCUCUUACAGCAGCUAGAGAAUGUUACAAAAGAAAGACAGAUGAAGUUACUACAGCAGCAGAAUGACAUCACAGGCCUUUCCCGGCAGGUGAAGCAUGUUAUGAACUUCACAAAUUGGGCAAUUGCAAGUGGCAGCAGCACAGCACUACUGUACAGCAAGCGACUGAUUACUUUUCAGUUGCGUCAUAUUUUGAAAGCACGGUGUGAUCCUGUCCCUGCUGCUAAUGGAGCAAUACGUUUCCAUUGUGAUCCCACCUUCUGGGCAAAGAAUGUAGUCAAUUUAGGUAAUCUAGUAAUAGAGAGUAAACCAGCUCCUGGUUAUACUCCUAAUGUUGUAGUUGGGCAAGUUCCUCCAGGGACAAACCACAUUAGUAAAACCCCUGGACAGAUAAACUUAGCACAGCUUCGACUUCAGCACAUGCAACAACAAGUGUAUGCACAGAAACAUCAGCAGUUACAACAGAUGAGGUUGCAGCAACCACCAGCACCUGUACCUACUACAACAACAACAACACAACAGCAUCCUAGACAAGCAGCCCCUCAGAUGUUACAACAACAGCCUCCUCGAUUGAUCAGUGUGCAAACAAUGCAAAGAGGCAACAUGAACUGUGGAGCUUUUCAAGCCCAUCAAAUGAGACUGGCUCAGAACGCUGCCAGAAUACCAGGGAUACCCAGGCACAGCGGCCCUCAGUAUUCCAUGAUGCAGCCACACCUCCAAAGACAACACUCAAACCCAGGGCAUGCUGGACCCUUUCCCGUAGUAUCGGUACACAACACCACAAUCAACCCAACGAGCCCUACUACAGCAACUAUGGCAAAUGCAAACCGAGGUCCCACCAGCCCAUCUGUUACAGCAAUAGAGCUAAUUCCCUCAGUUACCAAUCCAGAAAACCUUCCAUCGCUGCCAGAUAUUCCACCCAUACAGUUGGAAGAUGCUGGCUCAAGUAGUUUAGAUAAUCUACUAAGUAGAUACAUCUCAGGCAGUCACCUACCCCCACAGCCUACAAGCACCAUGAAUCCUUCCCCAGGACCCUCUGCCCUUUCUCCAGGAUCAUCAGGUUUAUCCAAUUCUCACACACCUGUGAGACCCCCUAGUACAUCUAGUACCGGCAGUCGAGGCAGCUGUGGGUCAUCAGGAAGAACUGCUGAGAAGACAAGUCUUAGUUUCAAAUCUGAUCAAGUGAAGGUCAAGCAAGAACCUGGGACUGAAGAUGAAAUAUGUAGCUUUUCAGGAGGUGUGAAACAAGAGAAAACAGAGGAUGGCAGGAGGAGUGCUUGCAUGUUGAGCAGUCCUGAGAGUAGCUUGACACCACCUCUCUCAACCAACCUGCAUCUAGAAAGUGAGUUGGAUACAUUGGCAAGCCUGGAAAACCAUGUGAAAACUGAACCUGCAGAUAUGAAUGAAAGCUGCAAACAGUCAGGGCUCAGCAGCCUUGUUAAUGGAAAGUCCCCAAUUCGAAGCCUAAUUCACAGGUCAGCAAGGAUUGGAGGAGAUGGCAACAGCAAAGAUGAUGACCCAAAUGAAGACUGGUGUGCUGUCUGCCAAAAUGGAGGGGAUCUCUUGUGCUGCGAAAAAUGUCCAAAGGUCUUUCAUCUAACUUGUCAUGUUCCAACACUACUUAGCUUUCCAAGUGGGGACUGGAUAUGCACAUUUUGUAGAGAUAUUGGAAAGCCAGAAGUUGAAUAUGAUUGUGAUAAUUUGCAACAUAGUAAGAAGGGGAAAACUGCGCAGGGGUUAAGCCCCGUGGACCAAAGGAAAUGUGAACGUCUUCUGCUUUACCUCUAUUGCCAUGAAUUAAGUAUUGAAUUCCAGGAGCCUGUUCCUGCUUCGAUACCAAACUACUAUAAAAUUAUAAAGAAACCAAUGGAUUUAUCCACCGUGAAAAAGAAGCUUCAGAAAAAACAUUCCCAACACUACCAAAUCCCAGAUGACUUUGUGGCCGAUGUCCGUUUGAUCUUCAAGAACUGUGAAAGGUUUAAUGAAAUGAUGAAAGUUGUUCAAGUUUAUGCAGACACACAAGAGAUUAAUUUGAAGGCUGAUUCAGAAGUAGCUCAGGCAGGGAAAGCAGUUGCAUUGUACUUUGAAGAUAAACUCACAGAGAUCUACUCAGACAGGACCUUCGCACCUUUACCAGAGUUUGAGCAGGAAGAGGAUGAUGGUGAGGUAACUGAGGACUCUGAUGAAGACUUUAUACAGCCCCGCAGAAAACGCCUAAAGUCAGAUGAGAGACCAGUACAUAUAAAGUAAAAUGACAUGGAUUAAAAUCAAUUGUUUUUAACAAAAAAAAAAGAAAUAAAACAGAAAACUUUUAAGUGUUGCUGGAAUAUCCUGCCUAUAGUGGGCACCUCCUUGAAGAAGCUGAUAGCUUUUUACACAGUAUUAGAUUGAAAUAAUGGACAGAAACACAUUCUUGUCAAGAAAGGGGGAGAGAACUCUGUUUGCAACUUUAAAAGCAAAAAGCAAAAGUGAAAUGAUUCAAGGAUUUCUGUUUUAAUGAAGAUGAUUCUCUGAUUGUUAGAAAUGACACAUGUUCCCGGGAGGUGGAGGUUGCAGUGAGCCAAGAUCACGCCGCUGCACUCCAGCCUGGCGAAAGAACGAGACUCUGUCUCAAAAAAAAAAAAGAAAGAAAUGGCAAAUGUUGAUGAUUGUGUGGUCUUGAUUGGUGCAGGAUAUUUCGUGUACAAGUAAAUACUUGAGGCUCAUGUCACUUAAUAAAUUUUCUUUUUGGACUAGGUCACACAGUUAUUAAAACAACUUUUAAGCCUCCCCCUUCACACACAUACGUAUCAGGUUGUUUUCUAGUUAAAAAUCCAAGUAGCUCAGAUUCUACUUGAAUGUCAGUGCAGAUGUGCAUUGAAUCAUGCCAUUAUAUUUUUUUCUCAUUUCAUUGCUGUUGGGUUUUAGUUUUUAAAUUGAUAUAAAGAACUCAGCAGUGGUUUUAUGUUCUGCUCAUAUUUAGGGUUAGGAAACACGACCACUAGUUAUCAUUUAAUCAGCUUCAGUGGUCUACUAAAAUAAACAUGGUAACUUUUCAUUAGUGGAUUAUUUAGAGUUACAGUAAUUGUUUCCAGAAAACACUUCCUCACAACUGCACUUCCCAAUCAAAUCAUGUGAUCAUACAGUUAUUCCCAUGAAAGGCAGAAUGUUUGUUUCAAAAUUAAUCUAGUUUUCUGUACAUUUAAAUUUGAUUGAGAAGGUGACAACUGGCCCUUUUCCAGUCUUCCUUCAUGUCAGUUUUCUGAUAGACCACUAUUGGCAAACAGUAUCUGUCAACUACCAAAUGUGUAAAAUUUUCUGUAUUUCACUUUGUCUUAUUUGUAAAUAGUGAACUAAAACUUUUGGCAGAUCAGCAACAUUUGCUGAGCCUGUUUUUUAAGCUAAUGUGUAUUCUUAAUAAUGUUCCUAUCAAGAAUGGAUUUGUAAUAUAUGCUGUCUAUUUCUAAUGUUCACAUUCAUAUUUUGAGGUUCUAUCUUAUUUUAAUAGAGAACAGACUUCUCAAAAGAUCUUCAGAAGCAGCUUAUUGAAAUAUCAAAAUAUUGAAAUAAACCCGGUGGGGUUAGAUUACUCAUCUGUCCACCAAGUGGGACAUUUGCAUGGACUAGGGGCUUAAGGACUUAGAAGAGACCUGUAAGUAAAUCCUGAAAAUGAGCCAAUCCCCACUUGAAUGGUUACUGGAGUAAACCCACCUUUACAACCCCAAUUACAGCACCCGAGGCAGAUAAACCAACUUGGCUCUGGUUCAUUUUUCUUCUCUUCAUCUGUGAUGCUCAGAUUGAAAAUAUGUGUUCUACACUGUUACAGGCUUCUCUUUUGUUUGCCUAAAAAUUUUAGUCCUACUUUUGUAUGGACACAUUAGAAUAUACAGAGACCAAAAUAGUAGAAGAAUUUGCCAUUAGAUAUUUUUAAGAUGUCAGCAGAUUUGUGGCAAAUGAUUUAUUUGCCUUUUUAAAAAUUCAGUUUAAGCAGUUCAGAGAGUAGACUAAGAAAAUUAUUUGACAUAAUUGUCUAAGAGGUCAAUAUUUUUUAGUGCAUAUUGAAUCAAAUAAAGUGCUCUAAAAAUUAUUAUGCAAAUUCCUUUGGGUUGUUUUCUUUUCUUAACAAGGGAUGGGGGUAAACAGGAAUAUGAUUUAGGGUUUCUGGUUGUGUAUUUAAAUAGUAUUGAUUUUAUUAUUGCUAUUGAUUUACUUUAAUCCUGGCUUUUCACUUUUUUUUUUCAAUUUUUAAAAAAUAAUUUAAACCUUUGAAAAUAUACCCAACUGUUUAAAUGUUUUACUCAAAUUUUAAAUUCCUAAGAAAAUUUUUUUAAUAAGAGGGAGAAAAUCAUUUAAAAAUACUUAUGCCUAUGCCUGUUUCCCUCUUUUUUCACAACAUCCAUGAUUUUAGUUUAUAAGUAGACAUAUCUCCAAGGGCACAUUUUUGGAAAGUAAGGAAUAGCAGCAGUAUAACUUCAUUGUGUGAGGCCUUUGAGUUUUAAUAUUUCAUUUUGCUCUUCAAAGGAUCCUUUUCAAAAAAAAUUUGUAGAUAAUGAGUCAUAAAUAGAUUCUGCCAACUGUGGGGAGAAACACACUUUAAGUAAAUAUUUUUUAUUAUUUGGGGCCUUAAAAAAUAAUUGUGUUCCUUUUAAAAAAAAUUACAUGUUAGAUGAGUUUUUAGGUUGUUUUUUUUAUUAUUAUUUUAAGAUUGGUUAAAUCCAUUUAAGAACCACUUUUUUGCCAAUGUUUAAUAGCUUCCAUUUCUUUAAAGAUAAUUUAUACUGCUGAGGAAUUACUAUUAAUAGCUAUCAACAUUGCCACCAUUGAAUUAAGAUAUUCACUUUAGAUUUUUUUAUCAAAGCUUUUUUCUUGCACACUGAUCAUUGUAUUUCUAAGCGAUUUUCUUCAGCUCUAACAUACCUAUGGUUAAAAAGUAUAAAAACUUGAUAUUUAAAUAUGUAUUUCCCUGUUAAUUUAUAUUUUAAAAAUACAAAAUUGAAUAUCUGUCAGUCCCUGAGGGCAGUUUGUUUUUAUACUCUCUCACAUUUGUAUUUGUUGUUUAAAUGGCAGUAUUUUAGAAGAUUUGGAGAAAAGACCACAUAAUAAUGUUUUCUUAAAAGCUUUCAGAGUUUUUGCUGUACUUCAGUUUACUUAUUCCAUCAGAAAAACUAAGAACAAAGUGUUGCUCAGUCUGUUCCACUGACCUAAAUUUGUGUUUUCAGCACUUGCCUCAGCUGAUUCACUGAGUGAAGGAGUUGCUUUAUAAGGCAAAGCGUGUGAAAGUUCUAAAGUAUGGUUAGAUUGUAGAUCGUGCUCUGUAUGGAAACAUCAAACCAUUACUGCAGAGAAAUGGUAAGGUAUUGGAUCCACUAUUUAAAUUAUUAUUUUUGGAUCAACAAGUUGCUACUUUCUGACUUCUGUAUCUUAACAUAAGGGAAUUUUAGGUAAUGCUGAUAAGUCAGUUGUCUCAUUUUUUGUUGUAACAAGUUUUGGAAUUUUUAGUUAAUUGAAAGAAAUGAUUUCAAAUAGAAGUAAAAGGUUUAUAAGUGUGCAAGUUUUAGAUUUAUCAAUUACCUCAGCAGGUAUCCUGCCAUGUAAUUAUUAGUGAUUAGUAUUAAUAAGCUAAUAGAUUCAGGUCUUCCAACUAUGCCCUUGGAUUGUGGCCUACCAUGCAUUAUUAAAUGGUCUCUUACUAUUCAAAACGGGAGUAGAUGCUGUGGCCCCAUCUCCCUUGGCUUUUACAUCCCAUUCCCACCCCCAUUCAUGUACAACAUGUGAAAUAUAAAAAUGUCAUUUCUUGUCAGUGUCAGCACUGCUUAUUUGCAUACUCAGCAUUGGAUCACUGAAUAGUUUUAUAAAAAAUCCACACACCUAACUCCCUUAGUUAAGAAAGAUUCUUAAUUCAUACCAUGAAUUUUUAAUUUCUGUUCCAUCUAUGUUAGUGAUCUGCUGAAGGUGCAAGAUUUUCAAGUGUAAUACAGUUUGAUCAUGUACUGGACCUGGAUAUUUAAUUUUUUUUCUCACAGUUAUCUCCUCCUUGAUAAAGCAAUAACACUGCUUUAAGUCUGUUGCCUAAUAGCAUGUCAGAAUCCUCUCCUGGAUGGUGGUUUUAUAGGAAAGUUUGUAUGCAUAUCACCCAGUCUAUCUUUUAAAAAUUAAGAAAUUUAAAUGUAUGCUGGAAGUAAUGACAAUAUAUUGUGGCAUUUUAUUUUAAAAAUUGGGGAAAGUUGCAUAUUUUUUUAAAAGUAAGUGUUUGAGUAAAAAAAAAAAAUUGAAGGUACUUUUUUAAGGAAAAAAAAUUUAUAUGCCACAGUUUACAUAGACAUUUCAGAUUCAACAUGUACUCUUGAAUAUAAUGGUUUCUUUUACUUGGUCAGAAUGCAUGUAUAGCAUUUCUUUCAUCUUAGUUCCUUGUGUUUGCCUACGUGGUCCUUUAUAUAUUUUUUAUUGUAUCGGAGAAACAAAACUAUCUUCAAAAAUAAGUUAAUUUGGACAUAUAUGUCAUAUCAGAUUACAAAAUGUACAAAAUUAAGUUUAGCCCUUUUCUAGAAAGUGAUCUUUAAAAUUGAAAAUGCUCUUCUUUUACAUUCACCAAGUUUAUAUGUGUGGGAAGGCACCGAAAUGAUUUUGUAAGUGCCACUGUAAUAUUCCCUUUCAAGUGUGGCCUAAAUUUCAAUCUUAAGGAUAGAAUGCAUGUCUGCUCCUGGUCUGAAAAAUGUAGGUAUUUACUACAUUUUAAAAUCAGUGAAACAUAUACAUAAGCUUAUUAAAAAAGAUUUGUGCAAUUUGAAAUCCUGUUAAUUUUAUAUGUAGACAUACCUACACACGAAAGGGUUAAAUUCACAGCCUUACUAGUUCCUUGCUUCCAGUAUUUCAAUUGGUCUCCUCCCCUCGUUAUUAUUACUACUACUACUACUAUUUUUGCACAUAGUUAACUGCCCUUCAAUAUGAUUCUUAAAAAGUGCUGUUUCUGUGGUAUCGUAUUCUCUAAAUAAUCAUAUUUAAUUUUUUAAAACAAGGUUGCAGUUUCUAAUUGUUUCGUUCCUGUGUUUUUGCUGAUGUGUAAUAAAAGCAAGUUUUUUUCUUUUCAUGGUUAUUUAAUACAUUAGCUGCCUGUAAAUAAUUGUUGUUAUAAUGCUCUGGAAUGUGUUGUAGCAGUUGUAUUAGAUUAGUUUUAAACCCUUGUUUGAAAGCCACAUUGUUUUGGUUAUUUCUAUUAAAUUAGAAAAUUGAAAAAGUU